AUGGCAGCCGUUGCCUUGCUCGCUGCAAGAUUCAGCACACAGGCUGCUGCACAGUCUUUUCCAGAUGGCGAUACGUACACGCUGGAGUUGACUGUGUUGAAUACUCUGACUUGUGCCACACAGCCGAUAUCCUUGGGUGCGCUGGCCAACAGCGUCAACCCAACGCUUAUUGUGACAGGGCGAUCGUCGGUCGCUUCUUGCACGGUGAUUGUUGAGUUGCCAACGAUGGUGGACAGCUUCACCAUUGACGUUGCUGGAGACGCUUCGGGGUCAGCCGUGACGAUCCGUGUCAACACCUUGGAGACUGUCAAUACAUUGCACAUCAUCGAUGAAGCAGGCAUCAUCAAUGUGGACAUGCCUUCGCUCGGCACUCUGGAUUUGUUGGUGGUCUCCAGUUCCAACGGAGCAGAACUUUCAGUGGCCAUCGGUGAAUCAGCAUCGAGCGAUGUCCCAGAUCUGUUUGGCAUCUCGCGCCUUGGAAGCUUGAAUGUGGGCGAUGGCACUGGUAUCCUCGAGUUGCAGCUUCAUGGAGCAUGCGCCACUGUGGAUGCGCUCAAAGCAGUAACGUCAAGCACCACAACCGUCCCCAAGUGGACCGUCACCUUUGAUACCUUUGUACGGGCAAUGCACGAGCAGCUCCCCUUUGCUCGUUUGGGGGCUGUUGUUGUUCUGUUUUUGUUGGCUUUGUCUAUUUGUUGA